UUUAAUGUUAUUAUCUUUUAAAAGAUCACAAAUUAUUUAACUCUCGUCAUCAGUGCCCUAAAAAAGUUUAUAGAAGAUGCAUGACACCGGGGGGAAUGGGCUGAAUUCAAAUUAAGAAAUUCGAUUGACUCUCGAUUUCUGUCUAUAAAUCUGCACGUUUCCCCGUCCAUUACCAACGAAAAGCAAAGCUUCUGCUUCUAAAUUUGCUGGGUAUACUCACAAGGCGCUGAAGAAGAUCAGAUACGGAAAUCGUUGAUGAUGACGGAAUCUGAUGCAAAAGAUGAGGAGUUGGGAGCUUACAACAGCAACAACAUGAAGAAGGCAAGAUUGAAUUCAACACUAGCUGCUCUUCUUGAUGACCCCGUACUUGCCGAUGUUCCUAAGAAACCAACAUUGUCCGACGUGGACACGCUUAUCAGCGUCGAAUUGGGCAGUGCUAUGCGCAUCUCCAUUCUUAAAUUGGAUGGCACUUCCUUCGACGUGGCGGUGAUGAAUUCAGCUACAGUGAAAGACUUGAAGCUCGCAAUUAAGAAAAAAGUUAAUGAAAUGGAGCAAUCCAACAUGGGUCAUCGCCACAUUUCAUGGAAGCACAUCUGGAAAAAUUAUUGCUUAUCCCACCAGAAUCAGAAGCUACUGGAUGAGAACUCUGCACUAGAGCAUUUUGGCAUGCGAAACAAUUCUCAGGUCCAGUUUGUAGCCUAUGCCAUGUCAAAAGCUUCUGGGAGGCAUUCAAAGAGAAGAAAACACCGUUUCUUUCAUGGUCUUAACAAGCGAGCCUAAAUAAUCUGAUUUGUUCUACUCAUUUCCUGGAGAUGUAGACUGCUACUGAAUAGUCUUUAUCGGUAUUUCUCAGGUACAGAAACAUGCCAAAUUUCUGUUGUCUUUUUGGUCAUUAGUUUGUAGAAACUUAAAGGCCAUGCUUUCUUUCUCAUGUAUUGUCAAAGCCGAAACGUUGUUUAAAUGAACCCAUUGCUUAUUCUACUUUUCAAUCAAAGUGAAAAUUAUUCUA